UGGCCUUGUGCUGUUUCGCCUUCGUGUACAGCCUGUCCCACGCACUGCGCUUGGCUUCCACCUCGGCGGAAUAGAAUGUCACGUUGUAGUGGUCUCAAACAGCGACGUCAUCCCAUGGGAGCAGAUGAAGAUCGACGCGGAUGCAAGGACAGGGGAUCGCGGAUCACCCAGUGUCUGAGACAUGCUCAUCGAUAUAAAUUUCGGGCCUGAGCCAUGGUCAAGCCCAUACCAACCCCACACUCUAACCACAAUGUUCUCUGCACUCGCAACCAUGCCCUCGACUGAGAUGGCCCUCCCGAGGGCCUUCCCACUGUUCUUAUUGCCGAAGCACAUCUCCGCCACCCGCCCGAAGAAGGCUUCCGCUACCCGGAAGGCGUCCACCUCAUCUGUGGACUCGGAUGUCACAUCGUCCUCGUCUUCAUCUGAGGUCGAGACCCCGCCGUCGAGCCCAGUUGUGACCGGGACCUUCUGCGAGCGCGACGUAGUGCUAACGGAGGAUGAACGUGAGUAGAGUGCACGAGUCUUCCUCUGCUUGCGCUGACUGCCCUCCAGUCCACAAUCCUCCCGCCGCACUCACAAAUGACUUGAUUGCUGCCUCGCACAUCGAGUCCCCUGCGUCACCGAGCAGCGCUGCCACCAGCGCCUGCUUCUGCAGGGAAGUCAUCCUGACCGAGGAGGAUUGUGAGUCUCAGCCAUUGUCAAUCUCCUCUUCUCGAUUCUGACACCACGCCCC